UACUCAGUCAUCCCCGUUGGGCCGAAGAUGUGUGUGGACCCACAGUGCAGCUUCCGAGAGGUCCUCGGUAGCCCGGAGUUCGGAAAACGUGUUCUCGCAUUACAUGUUGACGAGGCUCACUGCAUUGCCCAGUGGGGUGGCAAAUUCCGUCCUGAAUACUCAGAUCUCGAGGCCAUUCGUGCGCUGCUUCCUUACCGUACCCCGGUUCAAGUCACUUCAGCAACCAUGCCUCCACAUGUCCUCAAACUCGUCCAUGAUACUAUGAACAUCGACCCUACAACAUCAUUCUACCUCAAUCUUGGAAAUGACCGUCACAACAUCACGUGGGAAGUCCGAUACAUGAAGGCCGGACGACCAGAACUUGAUGAGCUUGAUUUUCUACUC